UCGUGAAUCAGCCGAAUGCCGGUCGACAAUUGACGUGAUCUCCGGCGCUCGGCCCCACUGAUGCGUACUGUAGAAGCUUACCCGCCACAUCGCGACUUGACGUCGGAAGUGAAUCUCGUCUCCAACGUGCCACUUGUUGAACACUCCACCACUCUUUCAAGUGCUUCGAUAUUUCGAGCGUCAUCGACAUGUUUCGUCGCAGCGCCUAUCGCCUUGCGGCUACGGCCAAAGUGGCUGCUGAACCAGCCAUCCACACCCUGAACGUCUCCAAGGCGCAAGGCGUGGCCAAGGGCUUGACGGGAGCGAUUGGAAACACUCCUUUGAUCCGCCUGAACCACAUUUCCGAUGCCACCGGCUGCGAAGUCCUCGGCAAGGCCGAAUUCAUGAACCCUGGUGGCUCUGUCAAGGACCGCGCAGCUCUCUACGUCGUCAAAGACGCCGAAGAACAAGGCCUUCUCCGACCGGGCGGCACCGUCGUCGAGGGCACUGCGGGAAACACCGGCAUAGGUCUCGCGCACGUGUGUCGGUCACGAGGGUACAAGCUGGUCAUCUACAUGCCCAACACGCAGUCCCAGGGCAAGAUUGACCUGCUGCGCCUCCUGGGCGCCGAGGUCUACCCCGUGCCGGCGGUGGCCUUUGACAACCCGGACAACUACAACCACCAGGCCAAGAGGCAUGCGGAGAGGCUGGACAAUGCAGUCUGGACGAACCAGUUUGACAACACGGCCAACCGACGGGCGCAUAUCGAGACGACAGGCCCCGAGAUCUGGGCCCAGACGAACGGCAAGGUUGACGCCUUUACCUGUGCGACUGGUACCGCGGGCACGCUGGCUGGCGUCACGAGGUACCUCAAGGACAUUUCGGGCGGCAAGGUGAAGGCGUUCCUCGCCGACCCGCCUGGCUCCGUGCUGCACUCCUACAUACAGUCUGGAGGCAAACUGGUUGAGCGUACAGGUUCCAGCAUCACGGAGGGCAUUGGUCAAGGUCGCAUCACUGAUAACCUGGCGCCCGACCUGGAGCUGGUGGACGACUCGCUGCACAUCGCAGACGAGAAGAGCAUCGAAAUGGUGUACCGCUGCCUGGACGAGGAGGGUCUCUACCUCGGCGCCAGCUCGUCGUUGAACGUGGUGGCCGCCAAGGAGGUCGCCGAGAAGCUGGGCAAGGGGCACACGGUUGUCACCAUGCUGUGCGAUGGCGCGUAUAGAUAUGCAGACAGGCUCUUUUCGCGCAAGUGGCUGACCGACAAGAAGCUGCUGGGUGCGAUUCCCAAACACCUAGAAAAGUACAUUGUGCUGCCAUAG